AUGGCUGCGGAGAAGAUGAGUAAUGCCCCUCUAGUCAUACAGCUACAGGGAAACAAAGUUGUUAUACCGGCAGGUAAAGCUCAUAGGGUUAACGUGGGAUCCGAGAUUAUGCUAUUACUGGGAACCCAGAGUACUUUAUUCUCUGUGGACGAAGUCAAUAAAAUUUGGUGCAGUGCGAUAGUGCCUAAGAGAUUGUCACUACUGUUAAAGCAGUAUCGCCACACAAUCACUCUAUCCCGAUGGCAUCUGGGCGAGAAGAAAUUGCAGGAAGACGUUGCCAAAAUCCGAGGGCCCGCGUGGUUGAUUGCCUCCAACGACCCUGUUCGACCAGUAAAUCUGGGAAAAGACAACUUCAGCGAGCUUGCUGCAGAAGCAGCUCUCACAUUUGCACAUCUCGCCCGGUUCUCGCAGAUCCUCCUUCUCAGAGCCCAGUCAUCGCCUAAGCCGGCGUUAUUCAGCGUGAGCAUUAAGCCGGUGAAUAGUGGAACCGCAGCCGAUGUAUACCCAAUUCAUCAAAAAUUCAGAUACACGUUCGAAAACGAGAGUGACGAAGAGUUGCACAUUACUGUCGUGAUAUUCAGCCCGGAGUUCAGCAUCGAGCAAUUAUACCCACCGAGGGACAAUUCACAGACAUAA